GUGCGCAGACGCCGCCAGCAGGGCGUCCUUCGCUGCGGGCGAAGUAGGCCGAGGGAGGUAUCCCGAGGCCCCGGAGCCGAUCCCACUGCCUGCUGCAGCCAUGCCGGACAGCUGGGACAAGGACGUGUACCCCGAGCCCCCGCGUCGCACACCAGCGCCAUCGCCGCAGACCUCACUGCCCAACCCCAUCACCUACCUGACCAAGGCCUUCGACCUCCUCGUGGACCGGCCCGUGACCCUCGUGAGAGAGUUCAUCGAGCGGCAGCAUGCCAAGAACAGAUACUACUACUACCACCGGCAGUUCCGCCGCGUGCCCGACAUCACCGAGUGCAAGGAAAAGGAUGUCCUGUGCAUGUUUGAGGCAGAAAUGCAGUGGCGGAGGGACUACAAAGUUGACCAGGAGAUUGUCAACAUCAUCCAGGAGAGGAUGAAGGCCUGCCAGCAGAGGGAAAGCGAGAACUACAAACAGAACUGUGCCAAGGAGCUGGAGCAGUUCACCCAGGUGUCCAAGGCCUACCAGGACCGCUAUCAUGACCUGGGGGCCCACUAUUCUGCCAGGAAAUGCCUGGCCAAGCAGAAGCAGAGAAUGCUAGCUGAGAAGAAAGUUGCAAAAGAGGGAGCUGCUAUCUGAAACCCCUCCCAUGACUGUCAGUUACAGUCUUGAAAUAAAGUGAUGAACCUGC